AUGCAGCAGCUCUUCAAUAUCUUAGCUUUGUCAGUGGCAAUCGUGUCUGGGACCCGGACACCGGAGGCUUUAGUUCUUACAUUCGGUGAUACCCAUCUGCCGCACAAUCUCAAAGCUUCAGGCGUUUCAGACAAUGUGGUGCAGCGUAUUAUAGAUCUCCGGAUGGGAUCGGAGAUCUCCCUAACUUUGGGAGGAGCAGAUCAAGAUACAAUCGAAAUGUUGAACGACCUUGGGGGAACGCCGGCCCCUCUGUUCGGUCUUACCUCCGAACUCGAUAAUCCAGCUCGAGAUCUCCUUGUUCUUGAAGGGGUAGAACCUAAAAUUGCUUCAAUCAUUGAAAAUGAAUUUCAACGCAACUUGCUGGCGCGAGUCUCCUCUGACGACCUACUGCCCCAUUUAUCUGCUUUCACGUCGGCCGCAAAAGAACCGGUCGGCUUGUACACGACUCAAACGAGACAUUGCGAGCUCCAUAUUGACAAUGGUGUUCCAUCGGAUCUACAACAGCCCGGGAAGCGUUGCAUUUCCGAGGGCUCUGUAUUCGAGGUGUCACCCCAUAUCUUUAAUUCGGCGUUGCUUAGCCGAGCUAGUAAGGUGGAGUCAUGGAUUGACGAGCGGACUUCGGCCACAACCCUCAAAACCUCUCUACAGUCUUUUAAGGAACAUGAAAGCUCAACCCCCACCGCCGAACUACUACAAUCUGCUCUGUAUGCCCUGAAGGCCUCUUCGGGGAACAGGCUGGUUACAGCUGUAUUUCUGCCUCAUCCCAGCACGCAUAGGGAUAAUAUGGCCUUGGAACCCCGGGCAGUGGAGAAACAGGGCACACUGCCGAGAACAACUCUACCAACAGCUGACGCCAUGCUUCAAUCUAACCUGCUACCCGUGGCACCAGUUUGUUAUGCAUCAAACUCCUCGUGCAAUGAGCUGACAAAGACCUGUUCAGGUCAUGGCUAUUGCUAUAGGAAAUUUGGAUCAUCUGGCCAAGCCGCUGCCAGCGACUGCUAUGCCUGUAAAUGUCAAGAAACAAUACUUAGGAAAGACGAUGGUACCAUCCAGAAAAUAAGAUGGGGGGGAUCAGCAUGCCACAAGAGGGAUAUCAGCUCUCCAUUCUUUCUUAUAGCCGGAAUUACUGUCUUGGUCCUGAUGGCCACAGGCGCUGCUGUUGGAAUGCUAUAUCAAAUCGGGCAGGAACAAUUACCAGGCGUCAUAAGCGCUGGCGUCGGCACAGCCAGAACACAGAAAUGAAAAGCAAUCCAGGCCGAGGGCCGAGGGUGGGAACUUCCAUGUUGCAUUGCUUUUUAACAUGUAGCCGUUAUUUUUCCCUGGGCCCAAAAAAUUUAGUAGAUGCAAGUAUGUAUAUCAGACCGUGCGCAAUGUUAUCUUUUCAACAAAUGCAAAGUGAGGCUUAACACCUUGCACAACUACUCCCCUACUCGGCUCCGGCACCCCGAUCCUCUGUCAAGCUAGGUAACUUGAAAGUGAACUUGAACAAUAUGCUGGCUGGACAAGACCGGAAUAGCGCCCCCGGCCAAUACAUCGAUACUCCUUAAGGUACGAGGUACCCGUCCUGUGAAGAUGCUUCCAAGUAGGUAGAUAGGUAUCCGACAGCUGGAAUUGCGGUGACGUAAAGCGAUGCAGCCCUGGCAUUACAUCAUUUUACUGCUGACUUGCGACUUGCGAGAUAGACCCGUCCUUCCCCUUCUACCUAUCUACAAGCUAGGUACCUGUCUGCCCAGAUAAAAAGUAUGCUUCUCCAGCCAGCAAUGGCCUUACCUCCGAAGUUUGCAGGCCAGAGAUUGUUGGUGCCAUCGGCCCAAUCACCACAGCGCACGCUAGAAUUGUGUAUGUUUCCCGGGAAUCCCAGUCGAAUCAACACACAUCUAGAAACAACCGACCCUGGGUGAAUAAAAGACCUUGAUUAUUUUCCUGCCAAGUUAUUCAAUACCUUUUACACCUCAGCUAGACCAAUGAUUGUUGAGCGACAUCAAGUCUAAAUUGCAAGUUAUUUUGCGACAGCAUAUUCCGCCCUGGCACCCGUCGUCCACCCUCACACAUGAAGCUGCCGCUGCUGUCCUGUGAAUCGCACCGGAUAAGCUUUGGGAUUUCAGUGCCGCUCUAUACAAACGCCAGGAGAAAUUCUUUGACGUUAGUGUCCCCAGCGAAACACGCAAUGCAACGUACAAAAAAUUGUCCACGAUUGCGGGGAGUGUUGGUGUAGAUGAAAACAAAGUACUUGGAUUAUUGGCUAUCAGGGAAACACCCACGACACAGGGGCAGUUGAAUGCCGGGAACGGCGUGACCGAUGAUAUUA